AAAAUAAAUUAUAAAUGUCGGAGAUGCUAUUGUAGAUGGGAUGCAGCCAGUGAUUCAGAAGAGGGUUGGGGUAAAAUCGUUAAAAAGAAGAAAAAGUCUCAGUGAAGGUUAGAGAGGCGGGGAGGAGCAGACACAUAGAUAAGCCAGACAGCCUACAGAGGCAGUGCUCUCCAUUCAUUUUCUUUUUUCUUUCGCAUUGGUAAAAGUCAAAAAAGAAAUUACAGGAUAAAAAAAAAGGAGGAGAAAAAACGUUCAAAGUUUUCGAAUCUAAAUUUCUAUUCAUUUCCUUUGCUCGCUCAACAGCUACAUGACGCCACCUCUCUUCUCGUAACCUUCUUUUAUAACUGCCUUCUUUGUUUCUCUCCAUAAGCAAGAGCCACAGUAUCAAGAACACAAAUGGUUCUUAACGGCGUCGUUUGGAUGGAAGGAGGAGCAGUUCGACAGCAAGAAGAAGAAGCUGAAGAAGAAGAAGAGGCUGUUUCUUCUUGGACCAGAAAUACCAAUGAUCCUCAAGAGCCCAAAGAAGAAGAUUUAGGCAUCAUAAGUGCUACUUCUCUUUCUACUCUGAAAUCCAUGCUUGAAACUGACUGGUAUGAUUUUAAUACUAGUAAUAAUAACAGUAAUAUCAACUCUUCUUCUGAUAUUAUUAUUAACCCAUCUUUUACUCUACAAAAUCAUCACCAUCGCGAUUUUAGAGACCUUGCUUUUUGUUCCAGUUCCACACCUGAAAACCUUCUCUUACAGCCUUUAGAUUCUUCCUCUUCUUGUUCUCCAUCACAAGCUUUCCAUCUUGAUCCUUCUCAGUCACACCACUUUUUGCCUCCAAAAUCUUGUUUCUCUUCUCUUUUUAAUGUUACGAAUAUCCCUUCUGAUAACCAUAAUAAUAAUAAUAAUAAUAGUAAUAGUAAUGGCUUUGAUUUGGGCUGUGAAAGUUCUUUUCUUUCUCAUUAUCAGUCUAAUCAAGCUUCUAACUUUAUGGGUUUUAGUGGGUCCGAGUCUGAGUUUCAAGCUACCCAGUUGAUCCCUUUGCCUGAUAAUGGUGUUGGAAUUGCAAAUGGUGGUUUUGGUAAUGUGGGUCUUGAGGGUUUUGAUGGUUCUUCAGGGAAUAUGUUUUAUAGCAAAGCUAAGGUUUUGAAGCCACUCGAGGUGGGUUCAGGUUCACAUUCACCACCUACACUGUUUCAAAAGAGAGCUAUGUUGAGACAUAGUGAUGAUAAAUUGGGGAGUUUGGAGAUAUCAGGGUUAAGAUGUGGAGUUGGAGGAGAAAUUGGAGGUGGGAACUGGGGAGAAAUUGAGAGGAAGAGAAAAAGGAGUGAUGAAGAAGGUGAAAUUGAGGAAGUUAGUUUUGAUGUUUCAGGUUUUAAUUAUGAUUCUGAUGAGAAUAAUGGAGAUGAUGGUAAGGUAGAAGAGAGUGUUAAGAAUAAUGGUGAAAGCAAUUCUAUUGCUAAUAGCACUGUCACUGGCGGCGGCGGCAGUGGUGAUCAAAAGGGGAAGAAGAAAGGGAUGCCUGCAAAGAAUUUGAUGGCUGAGAGAAGGAGGAGGAAGAGACUAAAUGAUAGGCUUUAUAUGCUUAGAUCUGUUGUACCCAAGAUUAGCAAGAUGGAUAGAGCUUCAAUUCUUGGGGAUGCCAUUGAUUACUUAAAGGAGCUUCUGCAGAGAAUCAAUGACCUUCACAAUGAAUUGGAGUCAACACCUCCUGGUUCUUUGCUGCCUCAGUCUUCAAGUUUCCACCCUUUGACACCAACACCUCCCACCCUUCCAUGCCGUGUGAAGGAAGAAUUAUGCCCCAGCUCAUUGCCAGGUCCUAAAAGCCAGCCUGCAAGGGUGGAAGUUAGAGUAAGGGAAGGAAGGGCAGUCAAUAUCCAUAUGUUUUCUGCUGGCAGACCAGGUUUACUCCUCUCUACUAUGAGGGCUCUGGACAACCUUGGCUUGGAUAUUCAGCAGGCCGUCAUCAGUUGUUUCAAUGGGUUUGCACUGGAUGUUUUUCGAGCUGAACAAUGCAGGGAGGGUCAGGAUGUCUUACCAGAGCAAAUCAAAGCCGUACUGCUUGAUUCAGCUGGCUUUCAUGGGCUGAUGUAACCCAGAGUUUGUAUGUGGCAUCAUAUUCACAAACUGAGGCACUAACCGUAGCUCUUCUCUAGCUCAAAGUAGUCUGUAAAUUGGAAUUUGCUUCUCAAUUUCCAUUGAAAAGCACCACUGUCAUCAUACACCUGGUGAGAUUUGUAGGUUUGAUAAUCAUCAUAACCAAACAUGCCUCAAAAGCAGCAGGAAAAUUGUGGUGUUGUUUAAGUAACUUUUUCUUUUUUAUUAUUAUUUAAUUUUAGAAUAAACAUCCUUAGUUUUA